AUGCAUGUCACCGAUGAUCAAAUUUAUUACCCCGAAGGCGGUUUAUCGGCAUGGCUGGUUGUAGUUGGUGCAUGGUGUGCCAUGAUCUCAUCCAUGGGUCUUCUUAAUACGUUGGCUGUGCUUCAUGCCUGGGUUGGAGAGCAUCAAUUAAAGCACAUGUCUGAGUCAAAUAUCGGAUGGAUAUUUAGCAGCUACGCUUUCUUCCUUUAUAUUGGAGGUGCCCAGAUAGGACCUAUCUUCGAUGCCCAUGACAUCAAAUUCCUGCUGAUACCUGGCAGUCUUGGAUUAGUAAUUUCAACCAUAUGUCUCAGCUUUUCGAGAGAGUUUUACCAAUUCUUCCUAUCCUUUGGUGUUCUUGGGGGCCUAUCAGCAUCCUUACUCUUCACACCCAGCGUCUCAGCAAUCGGACACUGGUUCUCAGAAAAGCGUGGAUUGGCAACAGGCAUAGCAUGCACGGCAGGUGGAAUUGGCGGUAUUAUUUUCCCACUUACUAUCCUGUAUCUGGCGCCAUCCAUCGGUUUCGGCUGGGCAAUCCGCGCGGUUGGUCUUAUGUGUGCCGUCUUCUGCGUUCUGGCAUGCAUAUUAUGCCGCAAGAGAUUGCCACACAAUAAACAAGCGGGAGCAGCUAUCGAUUUCAAGGCUUUGACGGAGCCCAAGUACGCAACAACGACGGUUGCAGUUUUCCUUGUUGAGUUUGCCGUCUUCAUUCCUUACACAUACAUCUCGUCGUACGCAAUUCACAUGGGAAUGACACCUAGAGACGCCUACCUUCUCAACGCUUUUGUCAACGCCGGUGCAGUUCCUGGCCGCGCUCUUCCGGGAUAUGUGGCUGACCGGCUGGGAACAUUCAACGUCAUGUGUAUAACAGCCACAGUUUGCGCAGUUUUCAUGCUCGGGAUGUGGCUGCCUAUCGAUUACUUGAACGUAACCGCCAUCAACAUCUUUGCGGUGCUAUUCGGCUUUUGGUCUGGUGCAGCAAUCAGCUUGACACCUGUCUGCGUCGGGAAGAUGUGUCACACAAAAGACUAUGGAAAGAGGAACGGGACUACUUUUUCCAUUGCGAGUGUUGGGUGCCUCAUUGGCAUUCCCAUUGCAGGAGCUAUUACAGAAGCGAACUCUGGGUCGUAUAACGGCCUCAUUAUUUUGGCCGGUGUAGUUUACGCUGCAGCCACGGCCGCAUUUCUGACGGCCAAGUUGAUGGCGACAGGCUGGAAACUCACUGCGAAGUUCUAA